CCGUGUUCGCAGAGCCGCGCUUCCCGGACGUGCGACCGGCGCAGCUGGCGGUGGUGGCGUUCACCGGCGGCACCACGGGCCCGCCCAAGGGCGUGCGCAUCUCCCACGCCAACCUCGUCACCAGCAUCUGCCAGAUCAGCCACGAGGCCUUCGAGCAGAGCAAGGAGGCCACGGAGAGCUUCCAGGAGGAGCUGGUGUGCAGCGUGCCCAUGUACCACAAUUACGGGAUGAUCGUGGUCACGCUGAAUCGGCUGCGGCUGGGCGCGCACAUCGUCACCCUGGCCGACCCCAGCCCCGACUCCUACCUGCAGGCGCUGCACCAGACCAAGAGCACGGCGCUGGCCCUGACGCCGUCGCUGAUGCUGUGGCUGGCGGCGGCGCCGUCGCUGCCGGCCGAGCGCCUGGAGCGCGUGCACACCGUCAUGUGCGGCGGCUCCCCCAUGGCCCCCGACAACACCGAGCGCCUCGUCAGCCGCCUGCGGCCCUCCGUCGCCUUCCAGCAGGGGUACGGGUGUGCGGAGACGACGGCCGCCAUCUGCCAGACGUCGCGCUGGGAGCGGCAGCUGGGCACGGCGGGCUUCCUCGUGCCCAACACUCGCGCCAAGGUGGUGGGCGACGGCGACGUGGCGCUGGGCACGGGCCACACCGGAGAGAUCCUCGUCAAGGGACCGCAGGUGAUGCUGGGCUACCUGAACGACGAGGCGGCCAUGCAGCGCAGCUUCGACGCCGAGGGCUGGUUCCGCACCGGUGACCUGGGCUUCUACGACGACGAGCACCGCUUCCACGUGGUGGACCGCCUCGACGAGAUCAUCCACGUCUCCGGCAUACACGUACGCUGGCCAGCACUUGCGGAA